AUGUCAGCAAGCCGCAAAGAUGCCUCAUCUUCCACCAAAAGGGGGGGCUACGCGGCGCUAACCAUCAACUACAGAGGUAGUCGAGCGGACGGCGGCAAGCACCAUGGUGAGUGUGGGGGAAUAAACUGCUGGGGAGAGUGUGUGGCUAAACGUCCUCUGCCGUCACAGGAGGGGGCCGAGGUGGCUUGCAGAGUCUUGGUUGUGAGAGGAAGAGAGGAGGGAGGCCGAUUCCAGUCAGAGUUCCCAACUCUGGAGGAGCAGGAGACGAUAGGGAAGAGGGAGCCGGAGGAGGUGAAGGGGGGGAGGGACGGGAGCAGGGAGCACUCGCCCAGUCGGCCGAGGGCCUGGGGAGACCACCAUCCGCCGCACGGGCCUCCCUUCCCUCCUGGACCCUACCCCCCACACCACUAUGGUCCCUAUAUGAUGCACCCCUCUAUAAGACAUCCAGCUCCUCUCUUUGGAGGAGGCCCCAUGACAGGGGGCAAGGGGUACCCUCCUCCACCUCAUCAGAUGGGAUACGGUCGACCUCCCUUUCCACCUUACCCCCAACAAAAUCCCUUCGAAGUUGAUCCAUACAAGAUGCCGCCUGCCAGAGGCGAGGAGGGGGCGGCUCGCCCUCGCAACGCUAAACAAGAGGAUCUCCACACUGUGGAGAUACUGGACGAGGAAGAGGGAGGGUGGGCAGGUCAUCACGAUGAGGUGGACUAUAGCAAGGAGGUUGUGUUCUCUGAUUCUGACGAGGAGGAAUCUCCCAAGAAAGAGAGGAAAGAGAAAAAGACAGAGACAGAUUCUGUCAAGACUGUGUCAAAGGUUUGUUUCUGUUUCUGCGAGGAAAAGAUGUUUGAAAUGCUCAUCUCCACACAGCCAGUUGAGAGUUCUGCAGUGGACACUGGUCAACCACCAGACAAGAAACACUCCCCUCCUCCGAGUUCUUCCUCCGUCCGUGAACCUCCCCCUGACCCCUCCCAGGGAGAUUGGAGGGACCCACCUCGCCCCCCGCAAUCUCAGAGACCCGACUCCCCCUCUGAAAGAAAGUCGAGGCCACACCCAUAUCCAAUGUACCCGCCACCGUUCCCUGCCUACUACGGUGACCCCUACAACCGCUACCCCAUGUUCCCUCCUCACGGAAUCCCCCCGUAUGGCUUCCACCCUCCUCCCCGUGGUCACAGCUUUGGAGGUCGUGCCGGGAACCGCAGGCGUUCAGAGCGAGACAGAGAGAGGGAGGAGGUGGGGACGAGACACGACUUCCAUCCAUUUGACCACGGCCCGGAGCAAGUCGGGUCCAAACGGAAGUGGAACGAAGAGAAGGAGGUGCGACCGAAACUUCUGGUGAAGGAGAGGGACUGGAGAGAGUCCGCCGGAACAGAGGAGAAAUCGCAGACGACUGGUGGUGGGAACAAGAGGAGCAGUGCGUCCUCAGAACCGGCUGCCGGUGGUGACGCUGUCUCUCCUCCAGUCACCCACUCCAAGGAGGGAGGAGAGGAAGAGGAGCAGAAAGAACAUUCUCCGCCGGUGGCUGUCAUGAGAGCUCAGCCCAAGAAGAUAAUGCUGAGGAAGAUGAGCGAUGGGUCAAAGUCCGACACAAACGAGGGCUUGGAGGAAUCUGGGAGGACUGGCGAUCGGACAAAUGACUCGAAAUCUCAGGCCAGGAAGAUUUCUGGGGACCACGAGUCUUCUGAUGCUACCGGAAACGUGGCAAAGUCGCGACCGACGGCGUGGAAGACAAACGAACGUCCAGUUGGCUCGGUAGUUAAAACUCUGUAUGAGCCUGAGGGGAAGAGAAGUGAGGCAAAGUUCCGCAAGUACCAGCACGACGCCCGAGCAGGGAGAGAGAGGGGCGGUCCCUCUCCUGCCACCACUCCCAGUGAGACCAAUCCACCUGCCACCACCCCGGACUCCGCUGGGAAAGAGAAGGUCUCCUUCAAGAGAACAUUCUCUGGAGACAAGGGACGCAGGGGACGAGACAACUACUCCGAGGAGGAGGAGAAUUUGAAGUGGGCGGAGCCUCUGAAGAAUCAAAGGGACAAACUGGACCUCUCCGGACAGCCGGGUGGACGACGCGAACGCAGCGUUCCUCCAAAUGAACCGAAACUGAAAGAUAGUUCCAAGGCCCCAGCGCAGUCUCAGAGAGAGCAGCAGGGAAGACAUGUUGUUGGUGAGGGAGGGAGGCAGGAGGGGAGAGGGAGGAGAGAGAGGAACAGGACAGAGCGUCGCAGCCGAGGGAGCGAGGCGGACGAGGGGGGGAGCAAGUCUCGAACCGGGAGUGAGUCAGAGUUCAGUAGGUGGCAGAGAGACGAUGGAGAAGACAGUCCCCACCACCGGAGGACAAGGGGAGAGAGGACCCCCCGAGGGGAACCACGCAGCUCUCGCACACACAGACUGCCGUCCAAAGAAGAUCGAGUUCCUUCUAAAGAAUUGCCUCCCAGAGAACCCCAGAAAAACACGUCUGACUUUCACAGUUCUCAGAGAAGGCCAGUUCACUCUGCCUCCACACAGGAACCACUGGUCCAUGGUCCUCAAGGUGCGGGAAAGACCAGCACGAGGUUGAAACUGGGGGGAACCCCCUCCCAGAAAGAAGACCGAAUGAAUUUCAAAGAGGACAAGACGCAUCCCAGAGAAGAUGGGGUUCCUCAGCGGAGAGAAGGAAGAGAUGUGAAGGCGAGACCUAGUGGAAAGGCGGGUGGCGAGGCUGCCACUGCUCCAUCUAGUAAUGUUACUGCUGGCAGGACUUCCGUAUCCACGGCUCCUGCCAGAACUGUGGUUCCCACGACAACCGCUACCACGACUACGGUUUCCCUGGUACCAGCCAGUGUUCCGCAGUCUGUCAUCAAUAAGUCGGUGAUGGUAAAAAUGACAGAGACUUCCCCUCUCAUCCAAUUGCCACUGGCUCUGCCUUCUAAGGCUCCUCUGGCCCUGCCCACUCAAGCUCCUUUGGCCCCGCCCACUCAAUUACUUCCGCAAUCAGUUAGGAGACCUUUACUUGAUGACCCCCCACUUCCUCUUCGCCAAGACCCGUUACUGCUCGGCAGACAAGUCCCUCCGCUGACUGGUAGACCAGAGGUAUCCAAUCCUGGGAGGAGAGGUCCAGACUCAGUUGAUGGCCGCAGGAGACAGGGGGAGAGGAGGAAGGGGGGAGGGGACGCUGGCAGAGGAGGCCGGCGAGCCUCGCAGAGGGGGCGGGGGGGCGAGCGAGGAGCCAGAGAUGGUCAACAGGAACGUCGGGAGUCGAUACAACAAACGUCAUCACAGACAGUGGCUGGUACCGCGGGGGAGGCCGAGCAGGGGAAGGGGAAGGAAGAGAGGGGGAGAGGAGGGAGAGGGAGAAGUAGUCGCGAACGGAAACCUGGACCUUCGUCAGAGGAGAAAAAGCCAGCUCAGCAGGAAGGGGAGGGAGGGAGGAGAGGAGAGAGUGGAGGGCGAGGUAGGGAAAAACGAAGGAAUCAGGGACGAAGAUCGGAGUUUUCUCGGACAGACAGUGGUGAGGUUCCUCAGCGAAGGAACAAGGACUCCGGCCGAAUGGCAGCGGAUGAGCAAAGAGGUGGGAGAGAAGAGCAGAGAAGAAAAGGGAAGGAUUUUGGGAGAGAGAGGCAAACCAACAAACCCAGCCCUGUGCAAGAGGAGAGAAAGAUAGUGAAUUUGACAGUUGGUUAUGGGUCACUAGAAGACAUUGACAGUGACUCCGACUGGGAGCAAUUGGACGAGAGUAAGACGGGAGACACAAAGAAAGAGGUGGGCGAGGUUUCCGCACCGCGAGAUCCCCCAAAAGGUCGCGGAAGAGGUCAGCGAAGGAAUCAGGAAAGACAGGACUCUCAGGAUCAGCAGAGGAACUCCGCCCGAGGGAAGGGGAGGGGCAGAGGAAGAACUGGCAGGGAGCAGCCUGCGAGAGAGAGACAGAGUGGACGUCCUGGUGCCAACAGACAAGAUCGCAAUGCCGACAAUCGUGUUCCUAAGCCAGAACCCAGUCUCACAGCUGCUUCUGAUGAGGCUUCGUCUGAGAAACCAGCCGAUGUGCACAAACAGCAGGAGUUUGCCAAGUACGACCUCCACUCCUCCACCAUUGCCAUCGUGGACGAGAUUAGGGGGGUGCCGGACGAGACCGAGAGUUCAGUGGAUUUCGUGGAGGUCACGUCGAAGAAAGCUCAGAAGGAGAAGGUGAAGAAGGAGCGAGAGGAACAAUUGAAGCAGUCGCUGGCCACAGAUUUCAGAGAUGACCAGAGAAAAAACAGAAAACCAGCAGCUGCGAAAUCAUCAGAGCAGACAACUCUGCCUCUGAAGCCGUCGAUGGCGUGGAGCAGUAAAGGAGAGGACCAGAGUAACAUAUGGAGCACCUCCUCCCCUGCCCCCACCAGUGAUUGGGGCACCGUCAUUAGACCGUCCACGUCGGCUCCUGGAGCUGAGCUAAAGGAGCCGGCAGGUGGUUGGGUGGCUGCCAGUUAUAGUGUCGGUGUGAUCGGAGACUCCCUGCAGGCCAGGAACAUCUCCACAGCCCUCUGUGGACACUCUGAACUCCUGCCAUCGUCGGCCGGCUACUCUUUGUUCCCCGAUUACUCCAUCUCGUCUCUCCUAACUCCCGGGCAGUACGCCGGCGGAGGACGCAUGCUGAACGCUGCAGUAAACAUGAAACUGUCCAAGGAACACCUCACUAGCGAAGCCACGGUCCUCAGCGGACCGACCUCUGAGGGGAAGGACUCUGCUCCUCUUCUCAAGAAGGAACCACAGAGAAAGUCGCACGUUGUUGUCCAGCCACCAUUGUCCACUCGGGAGGCAAGCCGUGAGAGCUCCUCGUCUGCUACAGGGGGUGAGGGGUUGGGGUCAUCUCAUGGAGGAAGUCGCUCGGGAGCAGAGCUUCCUCCAAGACUGCAGUCCAGUCGGGGGGGUGGCUCUGGUGGGUCGGGGAGGGGAAGAGGUGGGGGGAGGGGGCGGAGGGUGGAGAGGGGGAGGAGGGGAGGGAGUGGGGAGCAGAAGGUGCAGCAGGAUGUACCUGGUGAGGGGAAGAGAGAGAACCAGCAGUCCAGAGAACACACCGCUAAAGAUAAGUCCUCAUCUGGCCGGUUCUACGUGCCACCCCCAGUGAGGGGUGAGGGAGGCAAGGCUGCUCGACCUUCCACCACACAGCCACCCAGCAAGUCGAAGAAUCCUCGAUCAGCUGGUGGCUCCUCUGGGCCAGCUAAGGUCCCCUCCUCGUCCAUCAAGGUAGCUGCGGUGGGCGUGGCCUCUGAUUGUCAUGUGACAGAUCACAUGACCCAGGAGGUGGCUGGUGUGGAGGCAGAGGGUACGAUGAGGGACGUUCACGGCAGCUCUCCGCAGCAACACCAGAGCUCCAGAGCAGGCAGUGGUGGGGGAGGAGUGUGGGAGGAAGAGGAGGGAAUCUCUAGUGCCCUCGCAGGGAAGGGGGAAGCAGGGGGUGCAGAGAUAUCGUCCAAAACAGGCGCGGCGUCGGCCAAGACGUUUUCCUACGCACAGGCACUGAAGACGUCGCUGGCCGAUUCCAGUUGGAGCACGUCGCGAAGCCACACACCCUCCGAUACGUCGCUGAUGCUCGACACGCGAACGCCCACUCCGGUUCAGGUCCAGGUUCCAUCCCCGACCCCUGUGUCUGUUCCCACUCCCAACUCUCUGGACAGCCCAGCUUGCAGGGAGGACGGCUCACCAUCACAACUGUCUUCUCCUCUCCCCUCUACUGGAAACACAGCUUCUCCUGACUCCACUGAGGAGAAGGUACCGGCUCAUGAUGGUGAUGAUGUCAUCAUUACCUUGGGGGCUUCCCCUGAAGGAGAGGUAGCACCAGUCGUUACUUCAAAGGAAAGUGUGGGGGAGGAUUCACAGCCCCUAAAUGAUUGGGUGGCGGAAGAGGGAGGGGGAAAGGAAGUGAGUGGAGAGAGGAAAGAAGACAUGCCUGCAACUACAGCUGCAAAGAGUGAGGAAAUUAGUGGGUGUGGUUUACAACAGGCUCCUCCCCCUGGUAAGGCCCAGUCACAGGUACAGCGUGGGACUCCUGAACGUCUUCCAAAUCCUUUACCUCCCCAGCCUGCUCAAGAACCCAUGGCAACUAGGCAGGUUGAACCACUGCUUCAAAUGCAGCCUUCAGCUCCCAUCUCCUCUCUAGACCAGCCUGUGCUGCCUCAGAAACAGUGGCUCCGCCCGCUACAGGCUCAGGCACGCACUCGGCAACCUCGCCUGGUCGAGCAGCCAAGACUGCAGGCUUCGAGACCGGACUUCCUGAGCAGCGUGCAGAGCAAACCUCAGCACCUGCAGCUCCAGGCACAGCUCCAGUUGAAACAGCAGCAACUGCAGCAGCUGAUUCUGAUGGCUCAGAAACAGCAGCCCCAGCUGCUCCACCAACAGCACUCACAGAGGGUACUUCAACACAGACAGCAGGGGUUCUAUGAGUCUGCCUCCGUCACCCGACUCCCCACACCACCUCAGCCACUUCAACUCCUUGGUCCUCGUCCCCUCAUGACCACACCCACUCAUCAGGGACUUGCUGUGGCUUCUCCGCACCAGAUGCCACACCCACAAAGCUUGUUGGUGCUCCAGUCACCUCACCUCCAGCACACUUUCCACCCCCCCUCUCCCUCCUCGGCAAACUCACUUCUCCUUCCCACGAGCUCCGACAACACAGGAAGCGCCAAGACCGGCGUCUGUGGUCCCGACCAGACCGGUCUCGUUCUACCAGUUCCACCAUCCCCAGAACCGAGGAGGAGAGACCUUCUUCUCCAUGACCCCACCCACCAUCAGAAAGUCGCGCCUUCUCUCUCUGACUCCACCCAAGGCCGUUCCCUGGUGGGCCAGGCAAAGUUGCUGCCCAUGUUUCAUCCACAAGGACACGCCGGACUAAUCCGCAACCCUUACACUGCAGGGGGUGUGACUUUUGUGCCUCCAGUUGCCAUACCAACAGCCUCGCUGACCACACCCACCCCUACUCCGUCUCCCCAGGCUCUCUCGUUGGCGACGGGUGGGUUGGGAUUAGCAGGGAAGAAAGCCUCUGCUGCCCACCCCGACUGCGCCGCAGGCAAUAAUGACAGGGACCCUCUCUUCUGGGACUCCCCGGCUCUCCCUGGCUCACCGGCCGCAGGACUCGCAGGCACUUCAGCGCUCCUACCACUAGCCUCAAUAUUGAAUAGCGUGCGUGUAUAUAAAGUUCGAAACGUGCAAUUAGAAGGAUCGGUGACGUCUUGGGCCGCCAUGGCAGAGGGUCAGCAGAUCUCUAGCAUGCAAGACAUCCCGCUGGACAGCCAGAGUCUGGAGAUCCCGGACCAGCCUGGGGUGCGGUGUUCUCGUCUCGUGAGAGACGGCCAGCUACAAUCCUACCUGCUGGGGGACGUGCGGACCCUUUACCACACCUUCCAGCAGGGGAAGAAGGCCUCAGGAGAUGGGCCUUGUCUUGGAUGGAGGGGAAGCCCCGAGGCUGAUUACCAGUGGACUAGCUACGGAGAAAUUGAGGCACGGGCAGUGUGUCUAGGAGCAGGACUGAGUCACCUUGGGAUCCCCACUGGUCCAGAGACCAAUGUCGGCGUGUUUGCUCCCAACUCAAUCGACUGGGUGGUGACUGAACAGUCGUGCAACUACUAUUCCCGAGUUCUGGUACCACUGUAUGACACCCUGGGAGCUGAGGCCCUGGUCCACAUACUAAACCAAGCGGAGAUGUCUGUUGUUCUCUGCAACUCCUCCAAACUGGCCACGCUCUCGCAGCACGCGGAGCAGUGCCCCUCACUCAAGACGGUCGUUACGAUAGGGGCAGAGCCUGCGGGGGAGGAGGAGAGGGAGAAGAUAGAAAGAAGCGGCCUCAAGCUAUUCUCCAUGAAGGAUGUCGAGGUGUUUGGAGCGGACAACAAAGUGGAGCUAGUACCCCCAACUCCAGACACACUGGCUACCAUCUGCUACACCAGUGGAACCACUGGCAGGCCGAAAGGUGUGAUGCUGUCACAUGGAAACAUCAUUGCCAACAUGACUGGUCUUUACAAAGUCGUGGAAUCGCAGGGGGCACCUUCCCCAGAUGACGUACACAUAUCUUACCUCCCCCUCGCACACAUGCUGGAGAGGGUCGUCCAUUGUAUUAUGUUCAUGUGUGGAGGGAGGAUUGCGUUCUUUGGAGGAGACAUAAAGCGACUGGUGAACGACAUUCAGGUGGUGAGACCGACCAUCUUUGUGUCUGUCCCCAGACUCCUCAACAGGAUCUAUGACAAGAUAACAGCAGCCACGGCCCAGGCCUCAAUCGUGAAGAAGACACUCUUCAACAAGGCAAUGAAGUCCAAGACCAAAGAUCUCAGGAGUGGGCUGGUCCGACAGAACUCAAUGUGGGACAAGGUGGUCUUGAAGAAGGUCCGUAGUCUUCUGGGUGGGCGUGUCCGGAUGAUCUUCACAGGCUCCGCCCCCAUCGCAGCUCAUGUGCUGGACUUCCUUAGAGCUGCAUUUGGUUGUCAGGUGACCUGUUUGCAUACCAUACCUCCUCUCACUGUGGAGGGGGAAAUCUUCUAAGGAGAUGUCUUAACCAUACAUAUUUUGGGAAUUUUGACAUGCAAAAAUUUUUUAUGCCGUACCCUCCUCUAUUCUUCUGUGAUUGCACACUUUCUUACAGUAGUGAUAUUGAUCUCACUCCUUUGAAGUGGUGCAUCGUGUGUGUGUGUGUGUGUGUGCAGGUAUUUGAGGGCUAUGGGCAGACGGAGUGCACCUCAGGCUGUACUGCCACCCUGCCCCACGAUGUGACGGCCGGCCACGUGGGACCUCCUCUCGUCUCCGCCCUCAUCAAACUAGUCGACGUUCCCGACAUGAACUACUUUGCCUCCAGGGGAGAUGGAGAGAUCUGUGUCAAGGGACCCAGUGUGUUCCUGGGUUACUACAGGAACGAGGAGCAGACAAGGGAGGCCCUGGACAAGGACGGCUGGCUCCAUUCCGGGGACAUUGGGAGGUGGAAUGAGAACGGGACUCUGAGUGUCACCGACAGAAAGAAACACAUCUUCAAACUGUCGCAGGGAGAAUACGUGGCUCCAGAGAAAAUUGAAAAUGUCUACUGUCGAAGUCCGCUCGUCGCCCAGGCCUAUCUCCAUGGCGACAGUCUGCAGGAUGCCUGCGUGGCGAUCGUUGUCCCUGACGAGGAGGAGCUUACCUCCUGGGCCAGGAAGAACAACAUUGACGGAGAGUUUGCAGAUCUCUGUCAGAAAGAGGAAGUUUUUGAGGCAGUCAAGAAAGACAUGCAGAGGUGUGCUCAAGAGGCAGGGCUCAAGUCUUUCGAACAGGCGAAGGUGAUCCGAUUGCAGUCCGAGCAGUUCACGGUGGAGAACGGUCUGCUGACUCCCACCUUCAAACUGAGGAGACCGACAUUCCGCCGCAUGUUCUCAGAGGACGUCAGUGACAUGUAUGGGUCUCUGGCCCUCACUACUUCCCAGAUACAGGCUCUUCGAUCUACCAGCUCUUAGCUAACGCAGAACAUCGCUGCCUCACCUCUUAGAUAAUGUAGUCGCCAUAUCUUUUUCAAAUUUAAAACCGAGUGUUUUGCUGUGAUUGACUGGACAUAACCUUAUUAAUUUUGAUGCAUAAAAAAAUUACUGUUUUCAACUCAACCAGGAUAUAUAAUAUAAAUUGAGUGGUAAUAAUGAAGCUAUAAGAUGGCACGUUUGUCUCUCUGUUUGGCUCGAGACUGGCUUCUGUGCUUUGCCGCUGCAGCAUUGUAGCAUUUCUUCUCCAGUCUGGUGGCCUUUGUGUCAACUGUAACAGCAGGGGCAGGCCCCAACUCGAAGAUCUCCCUCAGAAGAUCAUUUCCCUGGAUAUGGGCCUUGAGUCCAGUCCCCAGGAGUUCCUUCAACACUCCAUACUGUAUGAGUCUGGCCCAUGAGUCCAGUGCCAGCAGCUCCACCCCGAACCGAACCUCCCUGUCAGGAACACUCCCCUCCUCCAGAGUGGAGAGGAUGUCUCUGAAGCAGCUGCGUUGGGUGUUGCGCUCCCUGCGACCUGUGUACCUGUCACUCUCUGUGGCCAGCUGCUGGAUGAGGUCGUGGCUGGCUCCUCCCACCACAAACCCUCUCCCAAACAACCAUCCCCCCACCGCCUACUUUCUCUUACAAACAAUUUCGAAGAGAAGUGCGAUUGCCUGGCCGACUGCCAACCUGACACUCAUGUCCCCCCCCCCCUGUGCCCCGAGAGUCCAUUCAGCAAUUCAACUGUACCUGGUGUGAAGGGGAGGGAACGCGGAGGGAGUGUGAAUAUAGAGCCGGAGAGACCACUGCUUCGACGUGGUCAGAGCUUCCCUCACUUUUGUAUCUUUCAUCGUUCACCCGUUUC